AUGUCGGAUAUGACUGCUGAAAAAGAGAAGAGACACGACGAUUAUUCGCAAGACGAAAACGUCGAACGUCACGUUCGUAAGAACAGAUGGAUUUCCGUCGAUAUCGGAGGAAAACCGUUUCUUCGAUUCAACUGGGUGUCCUCAUUGCUCGCAUCUCUCGUGUUGUGGGGCUUCGUCGCCGCCGUAUUGAUUGACGACGAAAACCAUACCAAUCCGAAACUCCCGACUGAGUUUAGCCGAUGGAAAAAGUGGAUCACGGUCAACUUCUCGUGGAUGUACAUCUUGACCCAAGAUGUUUGGUUCAUAUUUGUGCUCUGGCUUCUGUUUACGAAGUACGCGAACAUCAAGUUGGGCAGAGACGACGAUAAACCUGAAUUUUCAGAUUUCGCCUGGUUUUCCAUGCUUUUCUCCUGCGGAAUCGGGGUAGGCUUCUACUAUUACGGAGUCUCCGAACCAAUCUAUCACUACCGUCAAUCGGCUAAUUUACAAAGUAUUCCAGUGACGAACGAUGAUCAAAAAGCCCAACAAGCUAUUUUUCAAACGCUCUUUCACUGGGGCCUUCACGGCUGGAUUCCUUACAUUGUCGUCGCGUUGACGCUCGGCGUCACCUGCCAUCGACAAGGUUUGCCAAUGACCAUGCGUAACGCCUUUCAUCCGUUGAUUGGUGAUCACACGAGAGGUUUCGCUGGUGAUUUAAUCGACGCUUUGUCCAUUUCUUGCACAACCUUUGGCGUGUGCACGUCCUUAGGUUUGGGCGUCUCUCAAAUCAACUCGGUUCUCGCCCGUUUGGACGGCUCCGUCGAAGUCAACCAAAAGACGCAAACCGGCAUCAUCUGGAUUAUUACCGCAGUCGCGACGAUCUCCGUCCUUCUCGGUCUUAAACGUGGUAUCAAAUCGUUGUCGUUGUUCACUUUCACCAUUGGUCUGGUCUUGCUCGUCUUGGUUACCGUUUGCGACAACACGUGGUUCCUCCUCAACUCCUUCGUCGAGGCGGUUGGCACGUACAUGACGUGGGUGAUCCAAGUUGGCUUCAAGUGCGGCACGUGGACGCAAUUGAACCAAGAAUUCGAUAACGGGUACGAAUACGAAGGUAAAUCCUUGCUUUGGGGCCAAGAUUCCUUGAGCGACAAGCUCUAUGAGGCUACCGGCAUCGAAACGUCCUCUGCUCUCGCCAUCGAGAAGUACGACUCCGGACCGUCGUGGAUGAUGGACGGUUGGACCAUCUUUUACUGGGGCUGGUGGAUCUCCUGGGCGCCGUUCGUCGGCAUGUUUAUCGCAAAAAUCUCCAAAGGUAGAACUGUCGGACAGGUCAUUAAAGGUGCUUUCAUCGCGCCGAUCUUGUUUUCGUUCAUUUUCUUGACCUUCUUUGGUUCUCUCGGUAUCAAAAUGCAACGCGCGGCUGAAAUGGCGUUGGAUGUUACAGUAGACAAGUCCAACUGGAGCAUUGACUGUGCUGCAUCUGGUUACACUGGUGGCGCUCCGUCUUCCGAAGCUGCCAUUGCGCUCGCCGAUAAGGGUUAUUAUUUACUUUCCUGUAGGUCAUCCAACGACCGCAUUCUCGACGUCAUGGCCCCGUACGGCAAAUUGACGACGUUCAUGCACUUGUUGGUGUUAAUCGGUAUCACGUUCUACUUCGUGACUUCGUCUGAUUCUGGUUCCUACGUCGACGAUAUCAUUUCCGCGCAGGGCCACGAGAACCCGCCGUGGAUUCAACGCGUCUACUGGGCCGUUACGGAAGCUGCCACCGCGCAAGCGUUGCUUUCCGCUUCGGACGCGGGAUUGAGCACGAUUCAAGGCGUCUCUAUUGUCGCCGGUUUACCGUACACGAUCGCCAUCUGCUACUGCUGCACGUCGCUUUAUCGCGCAUUGAAACGUGAAAUGAGAGACGAAGAUAUCAUGGCGCAAAGACAUGGUUUCGUCGUGUCUUCCUUGGACAUUCUCGAAUUGUACAGCCCGGAAGGCAUGCCUGCGCAAUCGCCGUCGGCGGGCGAUAGGUUCAAAUCGAACAUCAUCGCCUUGUUCUUCCCAUACAAAGGUCUCAAGACCGCCGCAGUCGCCGCGUACAACGACGAUGUCAUGGGUACAAUCUACGCUGUUGUUGCUACUUGCACGUGGUUCGCCUGGUUUCUCUGCUUGUGCUUAUCUGACAUUGGCGAAGGUACUGCUUCCAUCGCGUGGAUGUUGUUCGUCUUCUUUGUUGCGCAAGUUGCGAUUAUUCGUUACCAGGUCAGAGCGGCGCGAAGCAUCAGAGAUAACUUCUUGAACGACUUGUUCGCUACAUUCGCGAUGUAUCCGAUGGUCAUCUCUCAGAUGGAAUUGGAAGCGCCGUACAUCGAGCAACGCAAGCAAGUAUAA